AUGGGCGCACAGCACGAUGAGAACAAGCAGACAAGUGGAGAUGAUGAUGCAUCUCGACAGGACUGUGCCAGUAUUGCAGAUGUGUCAGUGGAGGUGGCAACGGUGGACCACACGCUGCAGAAGCUGCGCAGGAAGUACAGGAAAACUAGACGGAAGCCCAAAGGACUCAAGAGGCUGUGGCUCCGUCUGCUGAACAUUCCACAUAUAGCUGUAAUCGUCACAGCAGUAGUGUUCGUCGUGGUGGUGAUCAUGUGGUCGCUGCUGUGGGUCUUUAUUUUUCGCAGGGAAAGUAACAGUGGAGCAUAUUUCGCUGGGAUGUUCCGUGUAGCCAAUGUGGAGUUUAUCCCAGAGUACCGGCAAGCAGAGUCGCAUGAGUUUGUGUCCAUGGCAAAUAAAAUACAGCACGUGGUGAACAAUGUGUACAAAAUGUCCUCAGUUGCGAAACUCUACAAGCAAGCUGUCAUUUCAGACCUCAGUAACAACAACAAGGGUGGCGUGUUGGUGCAUUUCUGGAUGGCUUUUGUGGUCCCUCGACUGAAGAGCUCAGAGAUGUGUGAGGAGUGCUUAGCAGCCAUUUUCAGAGAUUCAGUCCACACCAGCCUGAACAGGUCCUCUGUAGGCUACCUGCUGGGUCUUCCAGUUGACAUAGACUCCAUCCUCAUCAAUGGUGUUCAGCGUUCAGAUUAUUCAUCCAACACAGCAGACUCUCAGUGUGUAGAUAAGAUGUAUGCCAACCUUCCUGGGGUGAUGGUCCCUUUAAGCGUCUUCUCGUCAUGGGGCGGUAUAAAUUGCCAUGUAAAGCUCACUGCAGUCCCUGGCUCUCUGAUCCGCCUUACCAUCACCUCAUUUGUUAUUGAGCCCAGUGACUGCGUGAACGAUGCCCUCACUGUGUAUGACGCUCUGCUGCCCAUGAGAGGGCGCAUUCUGCACAGCCUGUGUGAGCCGGUCUCCAGCGCCAUCUCCAUCGUUUCUACCUCCAAUUUCAUGCUGCUGUCCUUCAGAAUGACCAACGGGAAUAAAAAUUUCAGAGGAUACUUUGAGGCAAUCGCUGAGGAAGUUUGUAUGUCUCAAAUUGAGACCCAGUUGGAGCCUGGCAUCAGAGAUCGAAUCUACAGCCCCUUCUACCCCAGCAUGCUGCCCCCACAGUGCUCCUGUACCUGGAAAUUUAAGACCCAGAACUCCACUUUAGGAGUUGCACUGCGCUUCCACAACUAUGUUCUGAAACCGAAGGACAUGAAUGGCUGUGACCAAGGCUGGUGGAAGGUGAAUGAAGUCAUUUACUGUGGAAGCUACGUGGGGCACGACACAGUUUUUCGGAUUGCUGACUACAAUCCAGAGGUGGAGUUUCGCUGCAGCUCACGUACCUCUGCUCAGCCUUUUCAGGCAUCUUAUAGCAGCUACAGUAUGAACCAGCCCUGUCCAGAGAGCCAUUUCUUGUGCAACACGGGACUGUGCGUGCAGAAGACUCGACUCUGCGAUGGCCUGGAUGAUUGCCAGGAUGAGAGUGACGAGGUCUUCUGCUCAAGGCCCACGAUGAGCUGCGGUGCCAAUAGUCCCCUGCAUCCUCUGCUAGUAUGCAAUGGAGUGACAGACUGCACGGAUGGAGUCGAUGAACUCAACUGCACUCAGGAAACGACCUGCUCUGCAAUCAGAUAUCAGUGCAAAAGCGGCUCCUGCAUCCUGAAAAAGAACGCAAAGUGUGACGGACUCGAUGACUGUCAGGAUCGCAGUGAUGAGGCCGACUGUGCUUGUGGUCGUCCCUCCCCAUUGACCAGGGUGUUCACGUCAACUGGCUUGGAGCGUAUCGUGGGUGGAGUAAACUCUGCAGAGGGGGAGUGGCCUUGGCAGGUCAGCCUCUAUUUUGAUGGUCACCUGUACUGCGGUGCUUCUGUCCUCUCCACUGAUUGGCUCGUCUCAGCUGCUCACUGCUUCAACAAACAAAGGCUAUCUGAUCCACGUUACUGGAGAGCCCACCUCGGCAUGCUGACACAAGGCAGUGCCAAGUACGUGGUGGAGAUACAGCGGAUCGUGGUGCACGAGUAUUAUAACGCUCAAAUGUUUGACUACGACAUCGCGCUGCUGCAGCUGAAGAAACCUUGGCCACCCUCCCUCAGCCCACUGGUCCAGCCUGUGUGCCUACCGCCCUCCUCCCACACCGUCACCGACAGCCACCGCUGUGUAGUGACUGGGUGGGGAUACCGAACUGAGGAUGACACGGUGCUUUCCUUGGUGCUACAGAAAGCAGAGGUGUCUGUAAUGAGUCAGACGGAGUGUAAGAAGCGAUACGGAAUCAUCUCACCACGCAUGCUGUGUGCUGGAGUCCCCUCAGGAGCGCAGGAUGCCUGCAAGGGAGAUUCGGGUGGCCCUUUGUCAUGUCAGGCACCAGGCGGGGGUCGCUGGUUCCUGAUUGGGAUUGUCAGCUGGGGGUCCGGUUGCGGCAGACCAAACCUACCCGGGGUCUACAGCAGGGUCACCAAGUUCACUUCUUGGAUCUACAGCCAUAUCAGAUGACACAAUGAAACUCAUCCAUUCCCAGCACAAUAUUCCAAAU